CGUCCUGGCCCAUUCCACGCACGCCUACGUGCAAUCCCAAUGCUUCUCCACCAUCCACAACGCCGUCGUCCGCGAGCUGGCCCAACUAGACCCCGACCUCUGUUCUCAACUACGCCAGCUCAUCUGGACCUGGCUCGCCAACAAUCGCCAGGCCCCACACUUUGUCACAAGCAUUGCGCUGCGCACGCUCGUGGUCCUCUACAAGCUGCUCUGGCUCCGUCAGGAUGUCGGAGAAGCUUGGCAGCAGCACCUUCUCGAGCAAUUCCAAGCUCUCGCCGCUGGCAAGGAUGAUAUUCCACAGCUGCAACUGCUGCUCGAGUUGGCCUGCACCGCCCUGGAUCAAUUUGCCAGCAAUGAACGCAGCUCUGAAGUGGGCCUGCCGCUCCAAUUUCACCGCCAAUGCCAAGCUCGCUUUGAAGCAGUGGCCCUGCGCCCCAUUUUUGUGUCUACCCUGAAUCUGUUUUUUAAACUCUCCGAGAGCGGUGUGGCGGGACAAGCCAGCAUGCUGGGUCUGAUUGUGCGCUGCGCUCGAGUCAUUAUGCGCAUCCUCGACUGGCCCUUUCUCCACCGUCAGAGCCGGUUUGCGGGCGCUGUGUCACGAACGCAGCUCCUGUUCUGCCCGCCCGACUCUUGGCAAGACCUCUUGAGUGUGGACCUGCUCCGCCUCUUUGCUCAGGCACGUCCAUGUCUGACUCUCUGCGAACAGCUACCUUAUACUACCAUCGCCAACAGUGACCUCGGCCAGAUCUUGAUCAAGCUCAUGGGCACUGAUACUGCCUCGCUCACGCGGGAAGAGCACUUGAUGGAGUAUAUGCAAGCAUGCGUAGCCUGCCUCACUCAGUUGAUGCGAGUGACCCUGGAAUCGCCAAGCCGUCAUCAAGAAGAGGACUUUGGGUCUUACCUGUUAACGCUCACAACCAUGCUGUCGCGACUCGUGGCCAACUUUGGCGCGCGCUACCUCAUUCGUGUAUCAACCUUGACCCUUCUCGAGGCUGCGGAACACAUUAUUCGCCUUGCCGCUCAGGCCAUGGUGCUAGACGAUGAAGAUAACCCCAUCUUUGGCGAAGCCCUUGACCAGGGCCUCCUUGCCCUUGAGAUUUUCCUGACUGCCGAUGAGGUUCCCUCGCCCUGGCGUGAACGCGGAACAAACGUUUUUGCUGCUUACGUGGAAGCCCGCAUGCAAAAGUCUGCCGUCGACAGUGCCAACGAUGACGAGGUUCAUGAAGAGCAAGAAGGGGACGAACGCGCCUUCAGCGACCAAUUGGCCAGUGUUGGCCUCCUGGGUCGUCAACACCCCGACUCGCUCUUUAUGCUACAAACCUUGCUUCGAGAACACGCAACCGUCUAUGUUGCAAGGGUCACGAGCCCAGACCAGACAGCGGCCACCCUGGUGGAUGCCACCCAUGGUCGGGCGUUUGUGCCUCCACAAAUGCUCGAGGCCAUCAACGCAAUGGAAACUGGCGGACACACCAACGUCGUUGUUGUCAUGGUUGAACUCGUCAUGCAGCUCCUGCUGGACAUGCAAGCCUGUCUCGAUCAAGGCCAGGGCUCGACCCUGAGCACACUGGUGCUGCACUCUGUACUUCACUUUCUGGCCGCUGUUGUGGCCGCCUACGUGAGCGAGAAUGACGCUGCCACACAGAGCCACUUGCCCUCCAGCCUCAGCCAGUACUUCAGCGUGGCCGGAGCUACCCCUUGGAGCACAGCUCUGCUCAAGCAGGCCGUCAACGUGUUGGCACAGUGGCAUUUUGAUGCUGACGUGUGUGGUGCUGCUGUCGAUCUUCUGGAGGCAAUUGCCACAAGCGCGGUUGGGCCGACUGUUUGCGUCGAUGAAUCUCUGUGGCAGGCUGCCUUGGCUAUAUGCAGCAAAGACAGUUCAUACAGCGCCCUCUCGCUUUCUAUGCAAGCACGCUUCAUUGCGUGCGCUGCCAGGGCCACGCAAUGUGUGGCCGAACCCGCGGGCUCCGCGUACCUCCAGCACAUGACCAAUCAGCUCUGCGAACCGCUGGAAUUGUCCGCCCAGCAGCAGAGCGCGAGCGUGGGCGCCGCCGAAUCCACCGCAGUCUUUCAUAGCAUCGAGCUGUGCCGUGCUGCUUUGGACGGUGUACUGCUCUACAAGCCACGGGCACGAGGGCUUGAGCCGACUUUACCGCUGGUCGGGCGCUGUGUGCAGGCCUUACCCACCAUCGUUGCCCGGAUCAUCGUUGAUGCUGAAGUGCGUGAUGCCCUCGUCAAUUUUAGCGCCGAAUUGGUUACGUGGACAUCCGAUGCCUUUAGCAGCUGCGAGACGGCGGGUGUGGGUGAAGUCUUGGAUUUUGUCCAUCAAACCACCACACGUUGUUUGAAGAGUGUGACAACGCAGGAUGUUGCCCGUAGCGACGACACGGCUGCCAUGCUGUUGGGAAUUUUCAAGAUGCUGGAGGCUCUUCUUCUCGCUGCCGACUGCAUUGACCUGGUGGGUGGGCACGAGGGUAGCCAGGAGCGCGCCCUACUCGAAAGCAUGGUUGCGCGUUGCCCUUCCGUGGUGAUGGAACUUCUGCACCAUGCCAUCCCAUUGCUCAAUGAUGACCUAUUCAAGCUGUACCUCGCACCCGCCGAGUUUUUGAAGCAACUGGCGGGCAUGUUGGACUCUGGCAUGAAAGUGGUCUCGGGUCCAGUGCCAAAGUGCUCGUUGCAGAUUGUUGAUCAGCUCGCGGGUGCCCACUGGAAGGCCUUGCAGGCACAAAGCGCCCGCCCUGAAUUUUCGGCCUUGCUGGAGCAUUUCGUGCGGCUCAUGUUUGACUGGUUUGUACGACAAACCUUUGACACGGAAUUGCUGCCAUUAGCUGGCGGUACACUCUUUUCUCUUCUCUGCUGUGAAGCUAACUACUUUAUGCAUCUGGCCAACGAACUCAUCGCACAGCAACCGACAGAAUACCAGGCCGUGUUGUCGCAAGCCUUUGAGAACCUGGUCUCAGGCGACGGGAUGUCAUUCAACAACAUGUCGCGGGAACGACAGCUCUUUGUCAAACACUUUGCCAAGUUCCUGUUUGAUGUGCGAGGCUAUCUUUUACAUAAAUGAGCAGCACGGAUGAAGCUUCAUUCUCAUGGUCAUAAUUAAUACUCGGAUGAAAAUAAAAAAAAGCAAAGUGCGCGCAGCGCAUCUGCUCUUUUGGUUCUGUGUUGCGAUGCAUGGCACCUCAGGACCCACUGCAAAUUUUGAUCCA